GGAGCUUUGAAGGGGCAGGGCUGGGUGGGAGGAGCCUUCCAAUAAAGCCUCGGAGCAGACCCAAAUCCUGCGAGGCUCUUCAUCCUCCGACAGAAGGUGGCCUCCGGGACAAGAGCUUUAGGCAGGACUUCACAGAGCACCGGCAGAGCACGGGCGGCUAUCAUCAAACAAUGUCACAUUCCAAGGAGUCAGAUGAACUUAUUUUCUUUGUGAAUGGGAAAAAAAUCAUUGAGAGGAAUGCAGAUCCAGAAGUCAAUUUACUGUUCUAUCUGAGAAAAAACAUCCGACUCACAGGCACAAAGUACAGCUGUGGAGGAGGUGACUGUGGUGCCUGCACGGUGAUGAUUUCGAGAUACGACCCCAUCUCCAAAAAGAUCAGUCAUUUCUCGGUUGCUGCCUGCCUGGUCCCUAUCUGCUCUCUCUAUGGGGCUGCCGUCACCACGGUGGAAGGCAUUGGAAGCAUCAAAACCAGGAUUCACCCUGUCCAGGAGAGGAUUGCCAAAAGCCACGGUACCCAGUGCGGGUUCUGCACGCCAGGCAUGGUGAUGAGCAUCUACACGCUCCUGAGGAACCACCCGGAGCCGUCCACAGAACAGAUCAUGGAAAGCUUGAGUGGUAAUUUAUGCCGCUGCACUGGAUACAGACCCAUUGUGGAGAGCGUGAAAAGUUUCAGCCCCAGUUCAUCCUGCUGCUUGAUGUAUGGGAAAGAGAAAUGUUGCUUGGAUGAAGAAAAGAAUGAGCCAGAGGGAAAAACCAGUGCUUUCUCCAAGUUGUAUAAAAAAGAAGAAUUUCAGCCCUUAGACGUAACUCAGGAGUUUAUAUUUCCACCUGAACUAAAGAGGAUGGCAGAGGAUCCCCAAAACAGAACUCUGACUUUUCACGGGGAGAGGACUACCUGGAUUGCCCCGGGAACCCUAACAGACCUUCUGGAACUGAAAAUGAAGUACCCCGGCGCCCCGCUCGUGAUAGGCAACACCUCUCUUGGGAUUGAAAUGAAGUUCAAAGAAGUUUCUUAUCCAAUUAUUAUCUCUCCUGCAAGGAUCUUGGAGUUAUUUGCAGUGACAAAUACAAAGGAAGGGCUGAUACUGGGCGCUGGCCUCAGCCUGAGCCAGGUGAAGGACAUCUUGGCUGAUGUGGUCUCCAGGCUCCCCAAGGAGAGGACACAGAUGUACUGCGCUCUCCUGAAGCAUCUGAGGACCCUGGCUGGGCAGCAGAUCAGGAACAUGGCUUCCUUAGGUGGUCAUAUCAUCAGCAGACUGCCGACCUCUGACCUUAACCCUGUUUUGGGUGUAGGGAAGUGCAUCCUCAAUGUUGCUUCAACAGAAGGAAUACAGCAAAUUCCUCUGAACGACCGUUUUCUUGCCGGACUACCAGAUGCAAGCCUGAAGCCUGACCAAGUGCUCAUCUCAGUUUUCAUGCCCCUCUCCAGGAAGGGGGAGUUCCUAUCAGCCUUCAGGCAGGCCCCACGCCAACAAAAUGCCUUUGCAGUCGUGAAUGCUGGGAUGAGAGUUGUUUUCAAAAACAACACAAGCACCAUUAAAGACUUGAGCAUCUUGUAUGGAGGAAUCGGCGCCACCGUAAUCGGUGCAAAUAAAUCCUGCCAGCAGCUGAUCGGGAGGCACUGGGAUGAAGAGAUGUUGAAGGAAGCUUGCGGGAUGGUUCUAGAAGAAAUCUCCCUGCCGGCAUCAGCCCCCGGAGGAAUGGUGGACUACCGAAGAACACUUACCACAAGUUUCCUCUACAAAUUUUACUUAGAUGUGUUGAAGCGGCUAAAGAUGAGGGAACCCUGUGGAGACUGUGACAUCUCCAAGAACCUCUGCCAAGACCUGGAAGACUUUCCUUUGACCAUGCCUCAUGGGGUGCAGUCAUUUAAGGAUGUAGACUCCCAGCAGCCUCUUCGAGACCCAGUCGGGCGUCCCAUCAUGCAUCAGUCUGGCAUUAAACACGCCACGGGGGAGGCAGUAUUUUGCGAUGAUAUGUCUCCCUUGGCAGAGGAGCUCUUCCUGGCUGUGGUAACCAGCACCAGGCCACAUGCUAGAAUCAUCUCCCUUGAUGCCUCCGAGGCCUUGGCAUCACCUGGUGUGUUUGAUGUGAUAACGGCCCAAGACGUUCCUGGUGACAACGGCAGAGAAGAAGAGUGCCUGUAUGCACAGGAUGAGGUGAUCUGCGUGGGUCAGAUCAUCUGUGCAGUGGCUGCUGACUCUUACGCUCAUGCCAAGCAGGCCUCCAAAAAAGUGCAGAUUGUCUAUGAAGAUUUGGAGCCCACGAUUGUGACUGUUCAGGACGCGCUGCAACAUGAAUCAUUUAUUGGACCUGAGAAAAAACUAGAACAAGGGGAUGUCCAGUUGGCAUUUAACUGUGUUGAUCAGAUCCUCGAAGGGGAGGUACACUUUGGAGGCCAGGAACAUUUUUACAUGGAGACUCAAAGCGUACGUGUGGUACCUAAGGGAGAGGAUGAGCAGAUAGACAUCUAUGUGUCAAGCCAGGACGCAGCAUUCACACAGGAAAUGGUGGCUCGCACCUUGGGCAUGCCAAAGAAUAGGAUCAACUGUCAUGUGAAAAGGGUUGGUGGAGCCUUCGGAGGGAAAGCAACCAAGCCUGGGCUCCUGGCAUCCGUGGCAGCCGUGGCUGCACAGAAGACUGGCUGCUCGAUCCGUUUUAUUCUAGAGCGUGGGGAUGACAUGCUGAUAACCGGAGGACGCCACCCACUACUCGGGAAAUACAAGAUUGGCUUUAUGAACGACGGGAAAAUCAAGGCAGCAGACAUCCAGUUUUACAUCAAUGGAGGCUGCACACCAGAUGAUUCUGAACUGGUGAUAGAAUAUGCUUUGCUCAAACUGGAAAAUGCUUACAAGAUCCCCAACCUUUGUGUCCGAGGUCGUGUCUGUAGGACCAACUUGCCAUCCAAUACAGCCUUCCGGGGAUUUGGCUUUCCUCAGGGGGCAUUUGUGACAGAAACCUGGGUGUCAGCUGUGGCAGCCAAAUGUCACUUGCCACCAGAGAAGGUUCGAGAGUUAAACAUGUACAAAGACAUUGAUAGGACAAUUCACAAGCAAGAAUUUGACCCAAAGAAUCUGAUAAAGUGCUGGGAGAUGUGUAUGGAAAAUUCCUCCUACUACAAAAGGAAGAAGGCUGUGGACGAAUUUAACCAGCAGAGCUUUUGGAAGAAGAGAGGGCUGGCCAUCAUCCCCAUGAAAUUCUCGGUUGGGUUUCCAAAGACAUUUUAUUAUCAGGCUGCUGCUUUGGUCCAAAUCUACACAGAUGGGUCUGUGCUGGUUGCUCACGGAGGUGUUGAACUGGGACAAGGUAUUAACACCAAAAUGAUACAGGUGGCCAGCCGUGAAUUAGAGAUACCGAUGUCUUACAUACAUCUGGAUGAAAUGAACACCAUGACAGUCCCCAACACAAUUGGCACUGGAGGCUCCACUGGGGCUGAUGUCAACGGGAAAGCCGUUCAGAAUGCCUGCCAGAUCCUCAUGAAGCGCCUAGAACCCAUCAUCAGCCAGAACCCUAAUGGUACCUGGGAAGAGUGGGUUAACGAAGCUUUUAUUCAAAGCAUUAGCCUCUCCGCUACUGGAUAUUUUAGGGGCUACAGAGCUGGCAUGGACUGGGAGAAGGGAGAAGGUGACAUUUAUCCCUAUUUUGUUUUUGGAGCUGCCUGCUCUGAGGUUGAAAUUGAUUGUCUGACGGGCGCUCACAAGAACAUUAGAACCGACAUUGUUAUGGAUGGAUCUUUCAGCAUAAACCCUGCCGUGGACAUAGGCCAGAUCGAAGGGGCGUUCGUUCAAGGUGUUGGACUCUAUACUCUAGAGGAACUGAAAUAUUCACCUGAAGGGGUCCUAUACACCCGUGGUCCAAACCAGUACAAAAUACCUUCAGUUACCGAUGUCCCAGAAGAAUUCCACGUGUCACUGCUGCCGCCAACCCCAAACCCAAAAGCCAUCUACUCUUCUAAGGGCCUUGGCGAAGCUGGAAUGUUUCUGGGCUCUUCUGUGUUCUUUGCUAUUGCUGAUGCCGUGGCUGCAGCUCGAAAAGAGAGAGGCUUGCCCCCAAUUUGGUCGAUGAACAGCCCUGCCACAGCAGAAGUAAUCCGAAUGUCCUGUGAGGACCAGUUCACCAACAUGGUUCCAAAAAUGGAUUCUAAAUGCUCUAAGCCAUGGUCCAUCCCAGUUGCUUAAUGCUUGGGGUUCACACACAAACGCAUAUACAACAGGCGACUGGUAUAAACAUCUUUAUCUAAAACACACGGCAACUUUGGGACAAAUCUUAAAGUUUCAUCUCUGUAACACAUCUUGUAAUCUUUAAUCAUGUGCACCGUAAGCAAUGGAGUUUGUGGAGCUAUGGCCAAAGGUGAUCUUUCAUUCAAAUAUAAUAAACAGCAUUCUCUACUGUUUGAAGAGACACCAUGACCACAGCAACUCUUACAAAGGAAAACACUUAAUUGGGGCUGGCUUGCAGUUCGGAGGUUUACUCCAUUAUCACCAUUGCAGCAAACAUGGCGGCGUGCAGGCAGACGUGGUGCUGGAGAAGGAGCUGAGAGUUGUACAUCUUGAUCCACAGGCAGAAGAAGACUGUGUGCUGCCCUGGGCCUAGCUUGAGCCUAUGAGAUCUCCAAGCCUGCUAGUGACAUACCUAGUCCAGCAAGAUCAGACCUUCUAACAGUGCCACUCCCUCUGGGCCAAGCAUUCACAGACAUGAGUCCACAGGGAGCCAUAUCUAUUCAAACCAGCACAGACAUGAAGGUUCUUAUCCUGCUUUCAUUUGAAUUUUCUCACUCCUUCAUCAGAAUUAUUAGGUAUUUAUGUACUUAGAUCGGCCUUGUUAUUCAAUGUUUUAGCUUUAUUAUUUUCUAAGCAGUUUUUUGUUUGUUUGUUUGUUUGUUUGUUCGUUUUGCUUUGUCUUUUGGAACCUAGAUAUUCCUAAUUUCUCUGUUGAUAUGAUUUUCCUUUUUCACUGCCUUUUGACGUAAAUGUUCAGUUUCCUUUUUUAAAUCAUUGGGGGUUUAAUGAAAAUAUCUAAAGCUAUUGCAUUUCAGGGGCCAGAGAGAUGGUUCGGUGGUUAAGGACACUGGCUGCUCUUGCAGAGCGCCCAGAUUCGGUUCUCAACACCAAAACGGUGGUUUACAACCACCUGUACCUGCACUUCCAGUAUAUCUAACAACCUCUUCUGGACCGUGGGGGUACUGUACCCACAUGGCACAAAUAUAUACCGGGAGAUAAAACACUCACAUACAUAAAAUAACGAUAAAUGAAUCAAAAAUUAAUUUUUAAAAAUUAUUUAAUUCACUUAAGAUACGGCAAUAGUUGAAUCUUACAGAUUUCAGAAACAGGCUUUUUGUUGUCUUUUGUUUGGUUGGUUGGUUUGGUUUUAGACAGAGGACCUUGUUGUGUAGUCCCAAACUAUCCUUGAAUCCAAAAUCGUUCUUCCUUAGCUUCCUGGGUGCUGUGAUUACAGGCAUGCACCAUCAAGCAUAACUGUGUGAUUUAUUUCUCUAUAAACUUUAUUUUCUGUUUUCAUUCCUUCUUUGGGCCUAAAUAUAUAGAAAUUUUAUUGAAAAACA